GGGGGUGGGGGAACCCUAGAAAUCGAGAUCACCGGUUGGUGUUGAAGUUGGACGCCGAUCGAUGUUGUUUGUUGAACUGGUUGCCGCGAUCGAUCUCGACCUGGGCGGCGGGGUUGUCGGCGGCGGCGAUCGGUGGCAUGUCGGAGUGGCGGCUGGGUGUGACGGCCAUGGCCGGCCUCGCCUUGGCCGCCGCCAUCGUCAAUCUCCUCUCGUAGGUACUAAACCCUAACCCUAACCCUAAGUUAACCCUAGAUGAAGGCUCUUCGUCGAUCUCAAACUAGUAGUAGUAGCGCUACCGCGUCCCCCUCGUCUCCUACUUCGUCGUCGUCGUCGUCGUCGUGGAUCCAUUUGCGAUCGCUUAUCGUUGUUGUUGCCUCCUCACCUGCUCCUGAUCGAGGUAGCCUCAAGUCACCAUGGUCUCGAAGAAAAAGAAAAAGAGCCCUUAAUAAGCAGCUGUGGAAAAGCUUUUUCACACCAGAAGGAAAGCUGCGAGAUGGUGGCGUGAAGUUUUUAAAGAAAGUUAGAAGUGGAGGUAUUGAUCCAAGCAUCAGGGCUGAAGUUUGGCCAUUCCUUCUUGGAGUAUAUGACCUGACGAGUACAGAGGCUGAAAGAAUAAGUAUUAGAAAAGAGAGAAGGAAAGAAUAUGAGAAACUAAGGAGAAAAUGCCGACGACUUUUGAAACAAGCGGAUGAAGGAGACGAGGAAACGAAGGGAAUAGAUGAAGUUAGCAACUCUGAAAGCCCUUGUUUCAAUGAAGGCUCUGAAUCUCCUGAUUCUGAAGACGUGUCCAGUGCUGGGCCCUCUGUCUCAACUGAAGAAAAUAAAGCUCCUGAUGCAUCUGCUUCCAAAUCAGAUAACCUGGAAGAAAAAGAGGGAGAUAGAAGUGAAACUGUUGAUGCUGAUGCAUCUGCUGAAGAGGAAGAAAGUGGGAUAACUAAUGUUGAGGCAUCUAUGGCAGGAUCGGAAUCUUCUGCAGCUGAAUCAUCAUCUGAAGAAGAGACAGAAAGCAUGUUGACAUCAACUGUGGAUGAAGAGAACGCUGAUACUGAUCCCAAAUCCAGAAAAACGACAGAGGACUUCACCACAUGGCAGCGUAUAAUCCGUUUAGAUGCCAUUCGAGCUAAUGGAGAGUGGGUGCUCUACUCUCCAACUCAAGCUGAAGUCUCCGAAGAGAAGGCACUAGAAUGUGCUACUUCUGUUGGACUAAAAGACUUUGACCAUUUGGAGCCUUGCAGAAUAUACCACGCUGCUCGCCUCGUCGCAAUCCUUGAGGCCUAUGCUCUCUAUGACCAAGAAAUCGGUUAUUGCCAAGGAAUGAGCGAUCUCCUAUCCCCAAUACUCGCCGUGAUGGAAGAGGACGAUGAGGCAUUCUGGUGUUUUGUGGGUUUUAUGCGAAAAGCUCGGCAUAAUUUCAGGCUUGAUGAAGUUGGCAUACGCAGGCAACUAAACAUUGUGUCAAAGAUCAUAAAGUCUAAAGACUCGCAUCUAUACAGGCAUUUGGAGAAACUCCAAGCCGAGGAUUGUUUCUUUGUUUAUAGAAUGGUGGUAGUUUUGUUUCGACGUGAGCUCGACUUUGACCAGACUUUGUGUUUAUGGGAGGUGAUGUGGGCGGACCAGGCAGCAAUCAGGGCGGGGAUUGGGAAGUCAGCGUGGGGGAGGAUAAGGUCGCGGGCCCCACCCACUGACGAUUUGCUGUUGUAUGCUAUUGCUGCUUGUGUUCUUCAGAGGAGGAAGUUGAUUAUCGAGAGUUAUAGUAGCAUGGAUGAGAUUAUCAGGGAGUGCAAUAAUAUGGCAGGGCGUCUGGAUGUCUGGAAGCUUCUAGAUGAUGCUCAUGAUCUAGUGGUGACCCUCCAUGAUAGGAUCUGAUGUGGCUUGGAUCGCUUUAUAGCUUGACUUUUUUUGUUUUGGUACCUUCUCUAUCGCCCUCUUAAAAGUUUUAGAUGCAUAUCCCAGUUGAGGUCUUCCAUGCCGCUGAGAUAUUGCUCAUGGCGUUUAGUUAGGCAUGGAAUUGGUCACGGUGAAGCUUUAAAAAGGGGGAAAGCUCCUUAUCGGAAUCAAUUAGAACAGAUUAUCAUGUUGUUUUAACCUUAUUAAUAUAUCAAACGUUAUACAAGUGCACGCAAUUCAAUGCAUUUCUCUUAUGUAUUUU